AUGAAGUUGCUAUCCUCAGUCUUGCUCGAGAUACACUAUGUCACAUCAAUCCACCUGUUUGUCUCACGGGUUUUUGGCUGGGGCAGCGCGAGUCGCGAUCAUGCAGGCUGGAUUUUCCAGGAGCUGAUGCCUGGGGAGCCGUUGGCCGAGGCCUUCGAAGCUAUGCCGCUUGGUUGGAAGAAAGUGAUUCUGGAACAAAUGGCGCUGUUCUUGAAAGCACUGCAGGACUACCCGCUGCCCGAAAGUAUUCGUGACCUCGGAGGUGCGAAUUUUGAUGGCAGUGAUGCGGUCGUGAGUGGGCCUAUGAUCGGCGUUGGCGCUGGACCUUGGGAUAGUUUGAAAAAGUUUUGUCGAGACUGUCUGAAAGCAGCGCUUGCGAAGGCAGAAGAUAAUCCGUAUGUUCCGGGUUGGAAAGACGACGGGGUUCGAAAGCGUAUUGACACCUUUAUGGAGAAGGGACCGCCGGUACUAUUCUCCGCUGUACCUACGAAGCAAGAAAAGUCCAUCAUACACGGAGAUUCAGUCCCUGAGAAUCUGCUUUAUGAUCCUGCUACGUGUCGUAUCACUGCACUCCUCGACUACGACUUUGCUCGUAUCCUGCACCCGGCAUAUGAGUUCUUCCUAUCGUUUGGCAGCAGCGGCGGGGAUAGAGAGGCGGAGGGGCUACGCACUUCCAAACUCACCGGUCGAUUUCCUUCGCCUCUUCCAACUCGAGUGGCGCCACAGAAUGGGACAGGCAUUGAAUGGGAAGUUGCACAGGCGUGGGAGGAAGCGCUGCAGAAGAUGGAUGUGAAGCGACCAAGUGACAUUCCCGGCACAGAGAUUCUGGCGAAUAUCGAUCAACUCUCGGAUGCCCUGUUACCGUGGAGAUUGGCUAAUGAAGACUUCUUGAAUGUGAAUCGAGAUGAGAACCAGAGAAUGGCACUGAGAAGUUUGGAAGAGGAGACGCUUAAGGGUUUGCUGGGUCAUUUGGAGUUUUAA